AUGACACGGUCUUGCACUGUUGCAAUUUUUGAUGAUUCUCUUUGUCUCUUUGUCGUGGGUGCUGCUGCCAUUACUUCUCUGCUAUCUCUGCUGUCUGCUUCUUUGGUUUAUCAUGUCUGGUGGUUGCCUCUUUGGUCUCUGUCUCUGGCGGUUGCUUUUUUAGCCUUUGUCUGGUCUCUGUUGUCGCUCGUUCUUGGGUUUUUCUAUGAUGUUGUUGUUGCCGUCGCUGAUGGUAUUUCUGAUGAUGCUGCUUCUGGUCUUGCUGCUGCUGUUGUUUCUGGUAUUACUUCUGGUAUUGCUUCUGGUAUUGCUUCUGGUAUUGCUUCUGAUGUUGCUGCUAGUGUUGCUGCUGCUGCGGCUAAUAUGGUCUUUCCUGGGCUACUGUAUUUGUUGUAUGCUUGUUCUCUGGUCUAUCUCUGGUAA